GGCAACGAGUGGCAACAAAAGGGGAGCAGGAGGAGGAAGAGGAAGAGGCUCGGAAGCCUGAGCGAGGCUGCGCUCUUGUUCCUGCUGCUGCUCCCCUCGGCUGCAGGGUGGCUUUCUCCCGAGCCCGGAUUCAAGCUGUUAUGAAAACACAAAUAAGAAGGAUGUUUCACACACUAGGUAUUAAAAAUUAGGAAACCAAUUCACUGGAAUUUAUUGUACCAUGGAAGAAAUACCAGUGAGAGUUGCAGUAAGAGUCAGACCUCUUCUUUGCAAAGAAAUUCUUCAUAAUCAUCAAGUAUGUGUGAGACUGAUUCCGAAUACCCAGCAAAUUAUCAUUGGGAAAGAUCGCAUCUUCACUUUUGAUUUUGUGUUUGGCAAAAAUUCAACCCAAGAUGAAGUUUAUAGCACCUGUAUUAAACCUCUUGUUGCAUCAUUGAUUGAGGGAUAUAAUGCUACAGUUUUUGCCUAUGGACAGACUGGAUCUGGGAAGACAUACACCAUUGGAGGAGGCCACAUUGCAUCAGUUGCGGAGGAUAAAAAAGGUAUCAUUCCACGUGCCAUCCAAGACCUAGUUCAAAGCAUUUCUGAAAAUAGCAGCAUUGAUUUUAACAUAAAAGUAUCUUACAUAGAAGUCUAUAAGGAAGACCUCCGAGAUCUGCUAGAAUUGGAAACAUCAAUUAAAGAUUUACACAUCAGAGAAGAUGAAAAAGGAAACACAGUGAUUGUUGGUGCCAAAGAAUGUUCAGUGGAGAAUGCAGAUGAAGUGAUGAGCCUUUUGGAAAUGGGUAAUGCAGCUCGUCACACAGGUACAACGCAAAUGAAUGAGCACUCUAGUCGAUCUCAUGCUGUUUUCACAAUCAGCAUUAGCCAACAGGAUUUUUCACCAUGUCGGAAAAGUAUGGAAAUGGCUCAAGAUAUAUCUCAGCAAUCUGCUCGACAAAUUGUUUCAAAAUUCCACUUUGUGGAUCUGGCUGGGUCAGAAAGAGCAACUAAAACUGGGAAUACAGGUGAACGGUUCAAAGAGUCCAUUCAGAUCAACAGUGGGUUGCUGGCUUUAGGAAAUGUAAUAAGUGCUCUUGGAGACCCACGCAAGAAGGGCACACACAUCCCAUACAGGGAUGCUAAAAUUACCAGGAUCCUAAAAGACUCCCUGGGAGGCAAUGCGAAGACUGUGAUGAUAACAUGUAUCAGCCCGUCGUCCUCUGAUUUUGAUGAAUCUCUCAAUUCUCUCAAAUACGCUAACCGAGCAAGGAACAUCAGAAACAAACCUAUUGUAAACUACAACCCUGACUGGGACAGGAUGGAUGAGAUGGAAUUUGAGAUAAAACUGCUUCGAGAAGCUUUGCAGAGUCAACAAGCCAGUGCCCUGAGCCAGGCUACUCAGCUAUCCCAGGAUGUGAACAGAGAUAAGAGUCGGAUCCAUUCUCUUGAAGAGCAAGUAGCCCAGCUUCAAGGCGAGUGUUUUGGUUACCAAAAUUGUAUUGAAGAGGCCUUUACAUUCCUGGCUGACCUAAAAGACGUUGUUAAUUUAACACAAAGUCAGCAACACCGAUUACAAGAAUGGUUCAACAUGACCCAGGAGAUGAAGAAGGACAUUUCAAACCCAUUCAAAAGUAACCAAGGAAUGGGCCAUGUGCAAGAUGGACCACACCACAUUACAGUUCUCCAGCUGAAGAGGGAACUUAAAAAAUGCCAGUGUGCUCUAGCUGCUGAUGAAGUAGUAUUCAAUCAGAAGGAACUGGAAUUGAAGGAAUUACAGCAUCAAAUGCAAACGAUGACUCAGGAAAACAAAGAACAUUUGCUGUCUUUGAAAGAGGCACAAAAAGUGAAUAGAUUACAGAAUGAUAAAAUAGUGGAACAGCAACUUCUUGUUAAUCAACUCAAUGAAGAACUCAUGAAGCUUAACAUGUCCAUAGCCUCUGUAUCCAAGGGAACUUGUGGAGAUGGACCAGAUACCAAGAUAACAGAAAAGAGGCCAUACACUGUACCGCUUGAUAACAGUUUUGGACACUAUAUUUAUGUUCCAACAUGGCCAGAUGCCCGAAAGGUCCACACAAGCCCUCCUAUGUAUUCACUUGAUCGAGUGGUAGCUGGAUUUCGAACCCGAAGUCAGAUGCUAUUGGGUCACAUAGAAGAACAAGAUGAAGUCCUUCAUUGUGAGUUUUCUGAUAACAGUGAUGAAGAAGAUACAGAAAAUCAAGAGAAACCUGGAUAUCGAGCACCUAGAAAUCUUAGGUGGAUUCGAAAGCCAACCUCGAUUUGUUCUCUUCUGGACAUGAGUGAUGUUCCGAAUCAAAAACAACAGUCAAGUUUGCAGAGUGAAGGCCCACAACCUACAGAAAGUUUAUCAGGUGUAAAGGUUGAAUGUCUCCAGGAAAGUCAGGUAUUAAACUUACAAAAAUUGAAGAAUUCAGAACUCAGACUUACAGAAGCUAAGCAAAAAAUGAGAGAACUUACAAUCAAUAUCAAGAUGAAGGAAGAACUCAUUAAAGAAUUAAUUAAAACAGGUAAUGAUGCCAAGGCUGUAAGUAAGCAGUAUUCUCUGAGAGUAACAAAACUGGCACAUGAGGCAGAACAGGCCAAAGUGGAAUUGACUGAAACACAGAAGCAGCUGCAGGAGCUGGAAAACAAGGAUCUGAGGGAUGUUGCUUUGAAGCUGAGAUUGCAAAAGGAGUUCCGGAAAAAGAUGGAUGCAGCAAAACUGAAAGUACAGGUCUUGCAGAAGAAGCAACAGGAUACUAAGAAGCUGGCAUCAUUGUCUGCCCAAAAUGAGAAACAUGCCUCUGAACUUGAACAGAAUGUAGAUCACAUGAAAUAUCAACAAGCACAGCUGCAAAAGAGGCUUCGGGAAGAAAAUGAAAAAAAGAAGCAACUGGAUGCAGAGAUUAAGCGGGAUCAACAAAAAAUCAAAGAGCUUCAGUUAAGGACAGAGCAACAAGAAAAGAUGCUAAAAAUGAAAUCUGAGGAGUUUGAUGCAUUUAGGAGGAGAAAACAAAAGAGUCCAUUUGGAAAUAUAGACCAGCUCCAGAAACUGGAUGAACAAAAGAAGUGGUUAGAUGAAGAAGUGGAAAGAGUUCUCCAUCAACAUCAAGAAUUAGCUGAGCUGGAAGAGGACUUAAAGCAAAGAGAGGCAAUUGUUUCCAAGAAAGAAGCAUUGUUACAAGAGAAGAGCCACUUGGAAAACAAGAAGUUGCGAUCUAGUCAGGCUUUAAACAAAGAUAGUUUGAAAAUAUCAACUCGCCUGAACUUGUUGGACCAAGAGUUGACUAAUAAAAGCAUGCAGCUCCAGAGCAUUCCAGCUGAGGAGCAAAUAAAGAUUUCAGAAGAAGUCCAGGCUCUUCAGAAAGAAAAGGAUCAGCUACAAAGAAGAAGAAAUAGUAUCGAUGAGAAACUUAAAAAUGGUAGAGUGUUAUCCCCUGAAGAAGAACAUCUUCUUUUCCAGCUUGAAGAAGGGAUUGAAGCACUGGAAGCUGCAAUUGAUUACAAGAAUGAAAACAUCCAGAGUCGUCAGCAUUCACUUAGAGCCUCAUUCCAAAUCCUGACCCAGAGUGAGGCAAAUGUUAUGGAAAAGCUGAUUUGCUUGACUCCUGCUGAGAUCAGAGCUAUUCUUUACAAAUACUUCAACAAGGUGGUUAGUUUGCGAGAAGCCGAGCGUAAACUAAAGUUGGAAAAUGAAGAAAUUAAAAUGAAGGUUCAGGAACAAGACAACAUGAUUCGCGAGCUAGAAUCUGCAUUAGAGCACCUCACGCUGCAGAGUGACAGACAGCUAACAGUUCAACGGAAGGAGCAUGAGCAAAAGAUGCAGUUACUCCUGCAGUAUUUCAAAGAUCAAGAUGGAGAAGGUAUUGUGGAAAUUUCAAAGGCCUAUGAGGACAAAGUUCAGCUGCUAGAAAAAGAUCUUUAUUUCUAUAAGAAAACCAGCAGAGAACUAAAGAAGAAGCUUAAGGAGUUAGUAGAAACACCUCAAUGGCAACUAACUGGACAUAAUGAUGUUGGAGAUGGAAUCCUGUCUCAAGAGGAUGCAAAUGUCUUUCCAGAAGAAUUCAAGUGGGCAUCCAGGACUGAAAAUAUCAAACCCCUUGGAAAAGUAAAAGAAACAGAAAGCCCAGCAAGUAGCUUAAGAACACAACCAAAUCCACAUAAGUUUUGGGAAGAUGUUUCUGAAGUAACUCAGACAUCAGGCUCUUUGGCACAAAGUGGGCAUUUGUUAAGCAAUGAAGAUAAAACAGAAACCGAUGAAAAUCAGUUAACAAAAUCUCACACUCAACUGUUAUCUCAACCUAAGACAAUUGUAAAUGUGACACAGCUAGCAGGGGUGACUCCUGUAAAAUUAUGCCGCCGAGAGUUACGUCAGAUUUCUGCUUCAGAAUUGUCAUUACGGCGCUCCAAUCUUGGAGUUGGGGUUGGCUCAAUGGUUGCUGAUUCAAUUGAAGUUUCCAGGAAAUCCACUGACUUAAAGACUUAGACAUUUUUAUUUAGCAUAAGUAAUACUUUCUAUUUUUAAUAGAUGUCUAAAUGUCUUCCCUUUUUGUAUAAUAUUUUUAAAACAAGUUAAUAAGUUCUGUCUAUUGAAGAGGGGGGAAAACCACAUAGAUUCUUUCACAAUUCCCUAUAUCUUUUUAAUCUUAUUGCUUAAAGGCUCUGAAUUCACAUUUUCAUAGUAAUUUCACAAAACAGAGGGUUUGUUUUUCCUGUUUUAACAUGCAAAUAUUUCUUCUUAUUUAAAAUCUUUUCCCCUAAGGAUAUUCAUUUUUUCAGAAACUAAUCCACUAAAAUCUAGCCAAAGUGUAAUCUUUUUCAAAAGGUGUCCAGAAGGUAUUUGCUAGUCAAAGUGUAAUAUAGUUAAAAGGAGUUCAGAACAUAUUUCAAUUAAAUUAUUAUUGUCUGUUAUGGAUAAAGCUAAUAACUACUAUAUAUGAUAUAGAAGUUUGCAUCCAAAUGUAAUCUAGCCUUCCAGUUUGCAAUAUAGAUUUAAUAUAGACUUUAAUUAUUUUAGGGCACUUUGGGUGGAUUUCAGUUUGUGGCAUCCUAUUCCUUAUGUUUUAACCAUGUCUUGUAUUCUUUUCUUUUUCUUUUCUUUAAAUUGUUUUGUUGUCAUUUAUUAUGUUUAUACUAAAUGUGUUCCAUGCCUUUUCUUUCUCUGUGUAUUUCUUAUUUAUGCCAGUAGGGCACAGGAGAAAAAGAGACACAGGGAGCAGUAAAAGAUGCAAAAAUAUAUUCCAUGUAGCAGUAAGAUAAUAGCAAUAUAAUACACUAUGUGACAGUUGAAGGAAAAGAGCACUGGGUUAUGGUUAUAUGGUUUAAUUGCUUAGAGCAAUACUACAAUUUGUUGUUAGCUAGCAAAAGAUCAUUAAUAAAUCUAGGUCUAUCCUCCCUAAUCCUAGAAUUAAGGUCUUUUCCCCUGCCCCUGAAUCCACCCCUUAUUUGUAAAUUGGCAGAGUAGAUUGUAUUUGGGCACACACAGAUGUACAUCUGGGCUAUAAUAUGUGAAAGAGUGACAUUUCUGUUUAACAUUCUUUGAAGAUUUAAAGAAUUUUAUUCAAUGAAUUAUAUAUAAUGUAUACUUCAAAUUUAGAAUUAAGAGCUAGACACUGAUUUGCCUAUCAUACAGACUUGGCACUUUCUCAAUGCAUUUUAUGUUUCUCUGUAUUAAAUCAUAGGCCACAUCCCAGAAAAGUGAAAAUAUCAAAGGGGUGGUGUUUAAAUUACUUAAAUAUUGUGAAUUUUCAGUGGACUGAAUAUUAUUGUAUACCCACAAAAUGUUGAUUAGAAUGUAAUGAGCUUUAUUUUUAACUAAUAUUUUUGUUAUGAUGGUAUUAACUGUAAUGGGAUUUGACCUGUACUUUCAUUUAGGAAUGGUGAACAAAACUUAUUUUCAGCACUGUCCUCUUAUCUUUGCAAUAUCAAUGUUCUUAUUUUACUGCUUUUAAAAAGAUUCCAACUUUUCAGCAUUGAUAGAUUUGCAAGUUGUUGGUUUUCUAUGUAUUAUGUUCAUAUAAUUUAAAGACAUAUUCGUGACAUACUGAAUUAGUAAAACAAGAUAUGAACAAAUAUAGUGAGUCAGUACAUGGAAUUCUGCAUUAUUAUUACAUUAGUCUUAUUUGGAAAGCACCCAGCAAUUUAUAAAUAUCACUUUUCUUACAAACAACACUUCCAAACAGGACUUACCUGUUUCACAUUUACUCAAAUAUAGUUAACUACUUUCUUUUCUCACCAUCCUGGCCUCUGAGAGACCUGCCACUUCCUAGGUAUUGUUGCUACUAAAUAAUUUCUUUAUCUUCUUUUUUCCUUUCAUUGUCUCUGACCUAGUCCUAUUGCCACUACCAAGCCAGAGCCCACUACCCAAAAUUCAAAUUCACUCCUACCCUACUGUUGGCCUAGACUAACUCUUUGCAGCACAAGACCCUUGGGGAGUUUGUUCUAGUUCUUAUGCCAGCAGGUAUAAGAGGGGAAAAUGCUCUAUAUUACAUGUAGAAGGAACUAUAAAUGGAGUAAGUUUUCCUAUCAACACAACAUUCCAAAAGUACUAUUAAUAUAAUACUACAUACCUAGUUCAGCUAAGUUAUAGGUUUAGUACUAUAACCUCUUAUGGAUUUGCCUUCUAAUCUAAACACUCUAUAACAUAGUUUUUAUGAGAAAGUGUGGUUGGUCAGUUUCCUAUAAACACUACACAAAAAAAAUAAUGGAUUUUUGGAACACAACAUGUUUGUAAAUUGGACUGACUUCAGAUAUGCAAGUAUUAAGUUAUUCAUUCUCUUCUUUUGUUAGGAUAAAAGACUGAUGUCUUUAACAAUGGACAACAUUUAGUAAUGUCAUUAAUGAAGGCCUUUGCCAUUCAAUUGUGAAGGAUAAUUAAUUGCAAGAUUAAGUAAGACCCUAUUCCUUAACUGUAUAUUUGAAUAAAUUGUGGCUAGGAUGACUAUUCAUAAAUAAGGGAUGUAUAUAAGUUGAGAGCUUCCUGUGUUUUUUCAGUCCCUUCACUCAGAGUUUCUAAAGGUAGAUUAAUACUGCUUUUAAAGUGAAAGGUUUUCACAGCAGUGGUGGUUUAGUAGUCUAUAAGUAAGACACUAUCAGUACUUUAUAGUAUCCAUUAUUACUGAUUCUGUUUUAUUGAAAACUAGUAAGACCAAGUUAGCUUACUGCAAAGCAAUGGUGAUUAGAGUUCAUAAUAGAAAUAUUAAGAAUACCCUAAAAAGAAUAAUUUCACCCUGUCACUAUAUGUUAAACUUAUUAUACCUUUGAUAGAACUAAUUACUUAUGUACACAUUCUCCUUGAAGAGAUGUCACCAAAAAAGCAAAUGUAAGGUAAAUUGACAUAGAGCCAUAUAAAUGUAGUGAUUAACAUAUUUUUAAGAUUAACCCUGGGCAUUUUGAUGUAUUUAUGACUCCACUAUACAAUAGAAAGAAUAAGGUGUCUCCAAAUAAGCCAAGUAAAAUUUUCUUUAAAUCCAUUAAAAUGAAAUUCAACUUUAAAAAAUGUUUCCCUGACUCUAGGUUGCAGCUGUGUCACUAUUUCCCAUAUGUGUAAAUUCAAUUCAAUUUAACAAGCAUUUUAAUUGUCUAUUAAAUGCCAAACAGAUCCCAGGGAUAUAAAAAUGCAAAAUAAAGUCUGACCAUGGGGUAAAUAUAAA